CUGUUCCAAUAAGCACGAUGGGAGCUAGCAACUCAGCAGCAGAUGAUAGCAAUGCUAUGGAGCUCCACAAAUGGUAUGGGAAAUUUAUGAAAGAAUGUCCUUCUGGGCAGCUGAGCCUGCAUGAGUUUAAAGAAUUACUUGGCUUGCAAGGAAUGAAUUUUGAAGCAAAUAGAUACAUUGACCAAGUGUUCAGUACAUUUGACAUGAACAAGGAUGGAUUUAUUGACUUUUUGGAAUUUAUUGCUGCAAUAAACUUAGUUUUAAGAGGAAAAAUUGAUCAGAAGUUAAAGUGGUAUUUUAAACUGUAUGAUGCAGAUGGAAACGGAUCGAUUGACCGAAAAGAAUUGCUAAGUAUACUAACGGCAGUUCGGGCUAUCAAUGGUCACCGGGGUAUGAGUCCUGAGGAGUUUACCUCCAUGGUGUUUGAAAAGAUUGAUGUUAAUGGAGAUGGUGAGUUGACUCUGGAAGAAUUUAUUAAUGGAAUAGAAAAAGAUGAACAGCUUCUGGAAAUAAUUUCAAAAACUUUCGACCUGUCCAAUGUGUUAAAAACAAUUCAGAAUGGAAGGAGGCGGAGUAUUCCUUGACAAGAGAUGAUAGUUAUCUUUGUGAAACAUUUACUACUCAUGUUCUCCCAUUGGAUGAACACAGAGAACAGAAGGUGUGCAAGCAUUCCAAUGGCCUUCAUUUACUCAGGUUCUGUUAAAUACAAACUUACAUAAUAGACUGUCCUAAGAACAACCCAAGGUAUUACUGUGCAACCUAAUCCCUUAAGUAUUUAAAUCUCAUUUAAAUUACUUUGAAGGGAUUGACUUGUGUCUUGAUUAAAUAAGACCAGAGAAGACAUUGCAUAAUCUUUGAAUGAAACUAAUUGCUGCUAACAAUAGUAACCUGUUUCUUUUCAUGAAUUUGAA